ACAGACACCUGAGCUGCGUCUUGACGCCUACCGCCGUGAAAUCAUAGCCUGAGCCCAGGCUUUGGCAACCGCGCCUCUUGUCGCGGGAAAGGUGCACACGGGACGUCUGUGUGCGUCAGGAGACCCACCUGUUGUUCGGCAGUGUAAAGGAAUGAUGACACCUGCUUUCAUCCAAGAAGUGGUAACCGCUGGGAAGACUGGAAAGAAUGAUGAAGAAAUGACGCCAUCUAGUGACACCGUCAGCCAGGAGAAGCAAAGGGAGGUUGUCUUACAGCGAUGCCAAAGCCAGCCAAACCUUGGGUUGAACGCUGUCGUUCCCGAUGAUUCUGCCAAAAUUUCCAGUCGUUUGAAAUAUGUUGCCAGCUGCAGUAAGCUGCAAGCGGAGGAUUGCUUUGUCAGUAAAAGAAAGCAGGUGUUUCGUUUCCAUCCUGGAGGAAAAGAAAACAUUGCACCAGUGAUACUGGGCUUGGAUUUCAUCGGUCCUUGCUCUGACGAAGAAGAAGGGUCACCCACGGACGAUUUAACUUUGCAAAGACGGUGUUACUACUGUGGCGCCAUCAAGAGCUACUUGAUGGACAUAGACGCCCACGAGAGGACUCGACUGAAAGAGGUUCCCAAAGCGGGCAAGAGAGUUUCUGAGCACGGCCAGCAAAAUGUUUUCUCUGUUACGCUUGCUUCCACAAACACACAAAGCAGCAGCAACAGCAACAACAACAUACAAUUGACGACCGCUUCAGAACAGCCACGGUUGCCCUUCUGCAAGAUCUGCCAGGCGGAGUUCCCGGUGUCUCCCCUGGUCCAGAUCAAGAUGAAGGGCACAGGACCGGCGCAGGUGCCGACCUUGAACCGCACCAAAGGUCAGCACACAACCGAAACGCCUCUGUUCCGCGUGGCCGUGGCGCAACAGCGUGCGAUGACGAGGUCGAUGACCGCUUCCAGAGCGAGGCGGGCCAUCUUGUGUUGUAGACUUUCAGCACGGACGAUCCUGUCGCUGUCCUUGUUGGGAGUCUUCGUGCUUAUGCUUGUCAUCGCCAUGGCGUUGUCGCUGUCGCUGCGCAGAUGACACUCGGAGAGCAGUGUCGUUUAAAGAUGGCGUGCAGUGGUGUUUCACAAGAUCGCAGCUGUGCCCACACAGGCGCUGUGGAUGUCUCAUCUGAAAGUUCUUUGCGAAGGUGAUUACAAAGAGUUCACCUUGUCUACAAGCUUCAUGGCUGUGUUUUUGCUUUGGUGUUGGAUUUUUUUGUGAGGAUUAUUUGGAAGUGAAACGCAUAUUUGACUUUGCCGUCCUUACUGGAAAUGAAUGCGGUAUCGUGACUUCGAAAUAAUCUAAAUUCGAGAACUCACGUGAAACUGUGAUUUUGCGCUUUUACUUGUGUGGUUCUAUCAUUCACUAGUUAGAUAAAAAUUAUGACAUGCAUGUUAAUGUUCAUCUAAUAAUCAAGGAUCAUAAUGACGAUAGGUAAUGAAGCAUCAAAGAAUCUCUCUUCUCUCAUUUCUAGUCUUUUUCUUUUUCUUUUCUCCUAAUCUCUCACGCACGUACGACAACAUAUAAAUCACACGGUUCCAUUUAAAUAGUAAUGUGCACACAUACCUUUUCACGGGAGCACACUGAUAUUUGCAGAUGGAGACCAUUGUCAUAUCCCACCUAGUUCACUACAGGGAGACAACCACGAUUUUGUUUUAGAAUUUUUGGUAGCCUCCCCUUCCACGCUUUGGUCUAGUCUGAUAUUGAGCACUAAAAAGUCUUAUUUCUCCUGAUGUUUACCGUUAUUUACUUUUUCUUUGAUCAUUUACAUCCACAUUCUAACCAAAAUGUCAUAGCUUCGUCUGCUAAUACGAGAUUCUUCGUCCGUUGUUACCAUUGGUAUUGAAGUAUAUUAUUAUUUUCUGUCGUCUGCUCAGAAGCGUCAGUCUCAACCUCUUAAUUAGACUUACCAGUCCUGAAAAAAUGGCAUGUGAAAACCCCUCAUCCUUAUUAUUCUUCAUAUCAUCUUACAGAGCUUACGGUGCUUUGAACUUUACCCGCCGACAAGAAAACCUUGUUUUUAUAUACCGUUAAUGAAAUUGUAAGAGAAACAGAAGUUCGCCAAACAACGGCUCAAAAAGACUAUCUCACUGUGUGUGUGUUUUUUUUCGUUUUCAAAGAUCAAUAGUAGAUCCCAUAAAGAUGUUUCCUCUUCUGAUACACCUGAGAUAUUUUUCUCCUGUGACAUUUAGCCAGUUUUAAUCUUUUCUGGAAGCCGAUCGUCCUCGUGCUUCUUGAUUACAGCUGACAUCUUUUUACAGCUGAAGGUUUUGUAGGUCAGCUUCAGCUAUCAAUCACAAUUUGUCGACACACUCUGAUAUUCUGUAAUUCUUUUAUAUUUGUUUUUGUGUGCGUGCGUGUGAUAGAGAGAAUUAAAAAAAAAAAGAUUCUGGCA